AUGGCCGCCCCUCCAGCCUACAUUAUCUCAAAGGUCGCAGACCCCGUAUUCGCACUGGUUAUUGGUCUCGGUGCUGCUGCCACGCGAAUCAAUCGUGAGGAAAAAGAGAAAGGCAGGACGACUCAGGAGACUAUCGCCGCUGCCCAGAGGCAUGUCAUUUCCUAUUGUUGA